AUGUGGAAGACUCUGGAAAGGAUCUUGAUCGCCAGACUGUGGCGAGUCCCGGACCAGCAGCGGAGAGUCGAUGCGGCGACCCAGACGGACGAUGGCGACCACAGACUCUUGCACACAGCCUGUGCUCGCGACGGAGUGUAUCAGCAUCGGGACGUCUGCUCAUCCAUCCCAGAGAACCGGCAGGAGCUGCCAUUUACUCCACCAACUUUGUGUGGAGCACUGGCGAGAAUUUGGUUCUGCCAGGGAUUGGACCGGACAGAUAAGAACUUUGCCUACACCUGUGAGAAUUGCUGUUCUGACGGCUUGAAGCUGGUGGAGGUGAAGCUCCAAUACAAGUCCCUCUACAACGGGCUGGAGAGUGAGCACUGGUGGGUGGUCAGCAACACCUUUUAUAACCUGUCCACACUGGAGCUUCCUCCCCAGUAUUUCGCAUGUGCCAGUGCUGUGGCCUGCAUCAAGCGCAUUGGAGCGUCCAUCAGAGAGGUGAAGGUGUACCUGCGCACCGAAUCAUCACAAACAUCAGUGCAGAAUAUUAUGCUGCAAACCAGAGUGAGCAGGACGAAAAAGUGUGUGUUCAUCGACUCGGAUGGCCAUUUUUGGUCUCAUGGGUCCAGUCAGACGCACAUUCUGGAGACACCGGCGCCUUCUGUUUGUCCCACCAGACCAAGAGGACCACCUCCAGGCUUUUAAUCAGCUUUCAU